GUAGAUUUUAUUGAUUUUGUGCAGUGGGAGAAAGAAAAGAUCCAGUAGACACAGACAGAUCGAUUCAUUACAUACAUUAAAAAAUUCUUAACUCCAUCCACCAAUAUAAAUAUACACCUUUCUCUUUUCAUUUUCUUAUAUCAUCCCCACAACAACAUAUUCUCUCAUCAACAACAACAGCAAAGAAGAAGCAUUUCCUAGCUCACAAGAAAAAGAAGAAUAACAAGUAAAAAGGUUAUAUCAAGUCUUAUACAAUGACAAGUGUUGAUAUGCUUUCGAUGCAUACAGACAAGUUACAGAGUUUCAAACGAUUCGAACAUCACCAGGAAGAAGAGUUACAUGUUUUGGCUGUCGAUGAUAGUAAUAUAGAUCGGAAAGUUAUUGAAAGGUUGUUGAAGAUAUCUUCAUGUAAAGUAACAGCAGUUGAUAGUGGGAAAAGAGCAUUGCAAUUGCUUGGAUUAGAUGUUGAUUACAACAAAACAUGUUCAUCAUCUGGAGCAUUGAAAGUUAAUAUGAUUAUUACUGAUUACUGGAUGCCUGGUAUGACUGGUUACGAGUUAUUGAAAAAGAUUAAAGAGUCUUCAUUGUUUAAAGAAAUUCCAGUUGUGAUUAUGUCUUCCGAGAAUGUUUUGCCAAGGAUUAACCGCUGUUUGGAAGAAGGUGCUGAAGAUUUUUUGGUUAAACCUGUUCAACUUUCCGAUGUUAAGAGAUUGAAGAAUCAUAUUAUCAGGGAUGAUUAUCUUCAUCAGCAACAUCAAAUCAUGGCGGAUAUUAAAGACUCUGCAAUCUCUAAUAAAAGAAAAUUGAAUGAUUCAUCAAGUGAUCUUAUCGAUAUUGUUCCUUCAUCACCGGUGUCAACAAUAUCAUCACCAGUGUCAACAAUUUCUUCGCCAUCAUCGACGUUAUCUUCACCAACAUCAACAAUUUCAUCAAUUUCAAUGGCAUCGUCGACGAAAUCAUCUAUGAUUGAAUCACCAUCAAGAAGAUUUAGACCUACUACUGAUGAAAUUCUGUCUUUAAUUUGAGAAUUUUAAUUAAUUAAUUACACUAAUAUUAAUUAAUCUCCAAUCUUUUUCCUUUUUGUAAAUUUUUUGAUCCUAAAUUCCUUUUUUGGUUUUUUUUUUGUUGUCAAAUAACAAAAAAAUAUUAAGGAAUUGAUACUGGUUUAUGUUAGAUGAUCUUGAGAUGAAUA